CAUUUCUUACAUAUUUUAUUGCAAUUGGCUUAACACUUUUUUUACAAUAAUUAAAACGAAACAUUAAUUAUAGAACAUAAUUAGCAAGAGACUCUCCAUUACUCCACUCCAUAAUCCUGCUCUUGAAAACUUUGAACAAUUUCUGGCUUUUUUUCGUUCUACACUGUCCAACUGAUUAACAAAUUAUGGAAGCAGUCGUCUCUACCAUUGCCGAAGGGAUCGUUGGGAGAUUGGGCUCUGAAGCUGUGCGAGAAAUUGCAUUGCUCUGAGUGUAAAUGAAGAGCUUGUAGGACUUGGAGAGACCAUUUCAACCAUCAAAGCUGUACUUGCUGACGCAGAGAAGAAGCAGAUCCAUAACGAUCAAGUCAGAACAUGGCUUAGUAGACUCGAAGAUGUUGUCUGUGAAGCUGAUGACUUGGUGGAUGGAGUUUCAACUGAAGCUUUGCGACGCCAAGUGAUGACCAGUAACACCCACAUAGCCAAGCAGGUAUGCACCUUCUUCUCGACCUCGAAUCGACUUGUGUUUCGACACAAGAUGAGUCACGAAAUAGAGUCUCUUAAGAAGAAACUGGUUGUGAUUAGAGAUGAUAGACGAUUCCAUUUGGAGGAACACCACGGAGACGCUCACGCAGUGUAUAAUAGAGCGGUGAGAGAUACUCACUCGUUUGUCUCUAAAGGAGAAGUGGUUAUCGGGAGGGAAGGUGAUAUAAUGAAAAUCCUUCAACUUUUGUUGGAUACGAAAUCUGACCAUAAGAGUGUAUCAGUUGUUAAUAUAGUGGGUCAUGGUGGACUAGGAAAAACCACACUUGCUCUACUUGUGUUCAAUGAUGAAAAAGUUGAAAAACAUUUUGACCUCAAAAUCUGGGUGUGUGUUUGUGAUGCAAAUUUUGAUGUGAGAUUGCUUGUUGAGAAAAUUAUUAAAUCUAUAUCUAAUAAUGAGAAGGUUGAAAAUUGUGAGAUGGAGUUAUUGCAAAAGUCUCUUCGAGAAAAAAUAAGUGGAAAGCGAUAUCUCCUUGUUCUUGAUGAUUUGUGGAAUGAGAAUCGUGAAUUAUGGUUGAAGUUGAAAGAUUUAUUGUUAAAUGGCAUAGAUGGGAGCAGAAUAAUUGUAACUACUCGCAGUAUGGUGGUUGCAAGGAUUACAAAGACCACAUUAGAACCAUAUCUCUUAGGAAAGCUUGAUGAUGAUGAGUCUUGGUCUUUGUUUAAGAAAAUGGCAUUUACGGAAGGACAAGAACCAAACAACUCCAGCAUCAUCCAAAUUGGAAAGGAGAUUGUCAAAAAAUGCAAAGGAAUUCCUCUUGCCAGAAGAACCAUUGGAAGGAUGCCGUACUCUAAAGAUCGAGAAACCGAGUGGUUGUCCUUCCACAAAACUGAAUUUUCGAAGAUAUCUCAAGAUGAUAGUGAUAUUUUACCCACAUUAAAGUUUAGCUAUGAUUGUCUCACCUCCAAUUUGAAACAAUGUUUUGCCUAUUGUAACUUGUUUCCUAAAGAUCAUUCUAUUGAGGUAGAAAACCUUAUAAAUCUUUGGAUGGCUCAAGGAUUUAUUAAGUUAUCUGAUGCAACUCAAUCUCUAGAUGAUAUUGGCCGUGAAUAUUUUAUGAAGUUAUAUUGGAGAUCAUUUUUUCAAGAAGUGGAAGAAGAUGAGUUUGGUAAUAUAAUUUAUUGUAAAAUGCACGAUCUCAUGCAUGAUCUUGCACUACAAGUAAGUGGAGUAAAGUGAGCUAUGUUACCAUCAAAUGUAAAAGAUAUUUACAGAAGAACUAGUCAUUUGUCAUUCAAUUUUUCCUUAGAAUCAUCACAACAGAUUCUAAUUUCUCUGUCUCAAACAGCAGAUAGGAUUCGAACAAUUCUUUUGCCUGGCCAACAAUUGGUAGAUAUUGUACGAAGAGAAGGUUUGGAAUUAAUUGUUUCGAAUUUCAAGUUCUUACGUACUUUGGAUCUUCAUUGCUCAGGGAUAAAUACAUUGCCAAAUUCCAUAGGAAAAUUGACGCAUCUAAGGUAUCUCGGUCUCUCUGAUACAAAAAUCAAGGCAUUGCCUAAUUCUAUUACCCAGUUACAGAACUUGCAGACUCUGAAGCUCUCUGGGUUGUAUGAAUUCAAAGAAUUUCCAAGAGAUAUGAAAAAAUUAGUAAGCCUCAGGCACCUUAAGUUUGUGGGAGUGAGCGCUUUGACUCAUAUGCCAAGCGGGCUGGGACAGUUGACUAAUCUUCAAACAUUAUCAUAUUUUGUGUUGAGUAAAGGCCCUAGAGGGACAAGCUUGAGGCAUGGUUGUGGUGAUCAGGUUGCUGAGCUAAAGGAAUUAAUGCCGUUAAAUAGCUUGAGAAAUCUCUGCAUUUUAAACUUGAGACACAGAAUAACAGAUGGUACGGCAGCAAAUUUGAAGGAAAAACAGUAUCUUCAAUCCUUGAUGUUAUCUUGGUUUUCUUCAGAUGAUAGAAAAUAUCUCGAAGCCGCCAUGGAAAGUACUAGCAGUGACGAGUAUGAAAUGACAUUGGAGAGCUUCGAGCCACUCCCAAAUCUAAAAAGCUUGAGUUUAGAUGGUUAUGGGGGUGUGAGGUUGUCAAGUUGGGUUCCCUCUCUUAAACAGCUUGUAAGCUUUUCUUUAUCAAACUGUAUCAAAUGCCAAACUCUGCCACCAUUGGAUAAGUUCCCUUCUCUCAAGAAACUUAAUUUGCAUAAGAUGCCUCUUAUAGAAUAUAUUUCAGGUGACUUCUUCACUCCAUCAAAAGCAACAUCAUUGAUGCCAUCCUUGGAAACUCUAUUGCUUCGUGAUUUGCCAAAUCUUAAAGGAUAUUGGAGGGAUACUGUGACAGAUGGCACAUCUGAAAAUACAACAAUGCCAUCAUCAUCCAUGAUAAUUUACUUUCCUUGUCUUUCUAUUUCAAGAAUCGAGGGUUGCCCCCAACUGAAGUUCUUGCCCUUCUUCCCAGCUAUAUCGAAGGCUUAACAUUGGAAAGUUCAAUUUGGAUGCCAUUCCGUCGAACAAUGAUGAGCAUUACAACAGAAGAAACAUCAGCAUCAUCAUCAUUGACUUCUCCUUCUACACAACUUAUCACUUCCUCUUUCUCUCAUUUGGUGUCCACUUUGAAAGAUCUGAGGCUACGUAAUAUUGAAGAUGAUCUACAAUCUCUGCCCAAUUGGUUCAAAAGCCUUACUUCCCUGAGGAACCUGAGGAUUGAUGGGUGCUCUAAGUUAAAGCACCUGUCCCCCACUAUUCAACAUCUAGUCUCACUUCGAAGUUUGCAUAUUAGUAACUGUUAUGAUCUUGACAUUUCCAAUGCUGAAGUGAAUCCAUGGAAAGCCUGUAAAAGCCUUGUGUCUCUCUCAUUCACUUAUCUUCCAAAACUAGAGACUCUUCCUGAAGGGCUUCAAUACUUUACCACCUUGCAGAAACUUGAAUUUAAUUUCUGUGACAAUUUGAAGGUAAUUCCAGAGUGGUUUAGCAACCUCACGUCACUUACAGAGUUUAAACUAAUCUACUGCCGCAAUUUGACAUCAUUGCCUGAAGGAAUACGCAGUAUAACCUCUUUACAAACAUUCUAUAUUUGGGGAUGUCCCAUGUUAUUGCGGAGAUGCGAAAGGGAAAAAGGAGAGGAUUGGCCUAAAAUUGCUCACAUCCCUUUGUUGCACUUGGAACCCCGUGAUGCCUCGGAAUCCUCUUCUUCAGGGUCCAAGUGGAAAAUCUUUAACAAUUUUCGAGUACCCCAACAGUGCAACAAAUAAUUAAAUGUGUCACAAGGCAGUACCACUUGAAGCUUGGCUGAAAGUAGAGCUGAAAAAAGUCCUUUUUAGUAUGGCUGUUUUGGCUGAAAGAGAGAAGUUUAUUACUAGCUGAUCAAAACCGAAACUAAAAGCUUUGGUACCGGAAGGAACUGUGCCAUGUCACUGAAAAUCCGCUAUGGACAAAAGGAUGUGGAGGGGCUAGCAGAGAACGCAUUACACGGAGCGUCGUUACACCAGUUACUGUGCGACGGUAACUUGGUUUUAAAAGCUAAAUACUGAAAACGAUGUCGUUCUUUUUUGCUAGUGCUGUUACAAGCUUUGAAGCUAGCAUUGUUAGACGGUUUAGUUAUUUGUUUGCUUGUAGAUAUAUUAAACGCCGCAUUUUAAUUUUUUUAGUUUCUAUAAAAGGAGGAGCUUCUUCAUCUU